AGAAAAGAAGCCCAUGUAUGAUGCUUGCUACGAAAUUGCUUUGCAUUGUAGUAGGUAGUUAUGUUAUGAGAGAGAGCAUGGUAUCCUCCAUUUCCAAUUCAAUAUUAAUUCACAGCUACUUCAGUAGCAAUACAGCAGUAGCCUAGUGGGCAUCCCCCGUUUUGGGCUCUGCUGAAUAUUCUCCUUAAAAAAAGAAGUAAAGGGUUUUUGCUUGAAUCUGGGUGGUGAAGACAUGAUAUGAGUAUCUCAACUGUUCCAUCACCACAAAUCCUUGCAACUUGACUGGUAUUACUUGCAAUGGGGCUGGAAGCAUUACUCAUAUUUCUCCACAUCUGUUCUAUCUUCCUCCCAUACUAAACGAAGCUGAAGCUUGGGAGAUUUCUGAAUGGCUCUUCAUUUCCCAAUUUAAUCCCACUUGGAUCUCGCUGAAAGUGGAUUCGUUGGGAUCAUCCUACCGGAGAUAGACACUCUUUCGAAGCUGACCCCACCUCGACCUCUCUCAUAAUCAUCUCACGGGUCCAAUUGCGCCGUCUCUAUUGGGUGGUCCUGAGAGUAUUAAACGAAUUGACUUGUCAAGCAACCGCUUCAACGGAAGCAUACCCACUGACUUAUGUAUGUUCUCUUUUCUAAACUCAUUUCUUUGGACCUCAAUCACAACUCGUUGGACAAAUGCCUUCUCAGCUACUUUUAACCUCACAAGCUCAACCACCUUGAACCUUGUCUAUAACAAUCUCAGUGGUAACCUCCCUUCUAUAUUUCUACAACGAUCCAACGCCAUGAAUUCCCUCAUUCUCCAUGGCAACAAAGACUUAUGUACUGUUUACCGCAACAGUUUCCCUCUUUGCUUCCAAGCUAUCCCAUCAAGUACUCAUAAUCACCGCCGCCUCAUGAUCAACGAAGUUGGACAGGACGCCCACAAAAUCAUACGCUCCGUUGUUCCUGUCUAUGUCAUUUUUUACUUGUCUCUUCUUUUCCUUAUGCUGACAAUCUUCUACGUAUGUGGAUGUAAAAAUAAAAAGCCUCAAUCUCUUGCUGAGACAACUACAACAAAGGAUAAUAGUGGAGAUAUUAUUAUUGAAAAUAAUGAAGAUUUAUUUUCAAUAUUGAAUUUUGAUGGGAACAAAGCAUACCAAGACAUCAUACAAGCAACUGAGGAUUUUGACAUCAAGUAUUGUGUCGGCGCUGGUGGUUAUGGACGUGUGUACAGAGCACAACUACCUAAUGGAAAAGUAGUUGCCUUAAAGAAACUUCACACUUCAGAAGCUUCAGAGCCUGCUUUGAGCAAGAGUUUCACCAAUGAAGUGAAAACAUUGACAAAAUUAAGACAUAGAAAUAUUGUGAGAUUUUAUGGUUUUUGUUCACACAAAAGGUGCAUGUUUUUAAUUUACGAAUACAUGGAAAAGGGAAGCUUGUUUUGUGUCCUAAACAAUGAUAUGGAGGCCGUAGAAUUGGAUUGGAGGAAAAGGGUGAAUAUUAUCAAAGGCAUAGUGAAUGCCUUGUGUUACAUGCACCACAAUUGCACUCCACCAAUUGUUCAUCGUGACGUAACCACUAAUAAUGUUCUACUCAACUCAGAACUAGAGGCUGUUGUAGCUGAUUUCGGCACAGCUAAACUUCUUGAUCCUAAUUCGUCCACUCAAACUGCCAUACAUGCUGGUACAUUUGGCUAUAUUGCUCCAGAGCUUGCCUAUACCAUGGUGGUGACGGAGAAGUGUGAUGUGUAUAGUUUUGGAGUGGUGGCACUUGAAAUGCUAAUGGGAAAGCAUCCGAAAGAAGUGUUAUCAUCGUUAUCAUCAUCUUCAACACAAAAUCUAAAGCUACCUGAAAUAUUAGACAGACGCUUAGCACCACCAAGAAGUCGGUCGGAUGUGCGCAAUGUAGUUCUUGUUGCAUCAAUUGCAUUCGCAUGCUUACAUGCUAACCCACAGCAUCGACCAACCAUGGAAACUGUUUCCAAACUAUUUCUUGAUGGCAGGACGCCAUUAGCCAAUCAUUGUUUCCUGGAAAUUUCAAUAGGACACCUCAUGAACCCACAAGUACUAAUCCGCAUAGAUGGUUAAGUGAGAGAUGGGUACAACUAAAUAUUAGUUAGAACAGCUCGUUCACUUUUCUAUACUUGGCCAUUGAGAAAUAGUUUGGAAACAGUUUCCAUGGUUGGUCGAUGCUGUGGGUUAGCAUGUAAGCAUGCGAAUGCAAUUGAUGCAACAAGAACUACAUUGCGCGCAUCCGACCGACUUCGGGUGCUAAGCGUUUGUCUAAUAUCUCAGGUAGCAUUAGAUUUUGUGUUGAAGAUGAUGAUAAUGAUGAUACCACUCUCUCUUUGUGCUAUGCUCUCCACUUGUUUCCAUUAUUAAAGAAUAAUUUUGUAAAGUGUUAAAUGCAUGGAUUUGACUAUCGUUCAAUUUUCCACAUUUACGUUUUAAGAUCCUACAUUUUAUAUAUUAAUUAGUUCUAUUGAGUAUAGUUGACCAAGUUGAUGGAAACCGACCAUUUGCUUCUCAUAUGGCUAAGGAUUUAUAUAUACAUGCACAUUUAGACUCUUAUCAAGUCAGCCUAAUGUUUAUGCUAUCAGGAUUUCCUUUUUCUGUUCUUAAUCGUUUCAAUGGCUUGGAAUAAAAAAUUCAUUUAUAGUUAUCUAGGUAUUAAAAAACAGAGUAAUGCAUAAAAUAAUGGAAAUAAUAAAUGCUCUGUUUGUAAGCUCUCAAGGGAAGGACAAAAUUUGAUAUAUGUAAUCAUCUUGAACAACAAUAGCCUUAACCAAAAGAGCAUGCUUUCCGGACCAUUAGAAAAAGUAUAGAAUUACUAAUGAAAAGUAGAAGUGAAAUGCUCUGUUUCCAAGUUUUUAAGGGCAAAAGUACGACGAAUUUAUGCAAUCGUAUUGAACAGUAAAGGCCUUAACCAAAAGAGCAAACGUUUAGGACCCUUUUAGUAUUAUUAUAUUCUACAGAGUAUAUAAUGCGGUAGACAUUAAUGUUGAAGAAGAAAUAAGCAUAUUAUGCAGAGACAAGGAAGAAAAUGGAAAGGCUAAAAUUUCAAUUUCAUCCUUGAGACCUUUAUUUGCGUAAUAUAAUAUAGUACAUCAUAUAAGUUGUAUCAAAGGUGUUCAGGAUACGUGAUGAUCAUGCAAGCAGCCAAAAAGACCAUUAAUUAUAAGCUUUUGCAUGAUUUUUGUCUUGGUUUUGUGGCAAUGAAGCAGCAAGCGAAGACUAGACUAAAGAGAGUACAUGCAGAAAAGUUUAGGUACCAUGAGGGACCAAUUUAUUGAUACGAAUAAUAUCACAGUCCAUACCUUACCACGUGGCAGUGUUUAGCUUUUUGUUUAAUUUGUCGUGUCUAAAACCGAGGUAUGUACUUCCUCCUCUAAUAUACAUAUGUAUCCCAUAUACCAUCAAAUAGGAUCC